AUGGACAAAUUUACCGAAAAGACGCCGCAAGGCAAUAUUCACAACGUCAAAGUAGAAGCCAAUCCAAAUUAUAAACUUAAAAGACUUAUCUACAGCCUUUUUGUUGUUGUCAUUUUACUUGGACUAGUAGUUGCAGGUUUAGCAGUAUUUGUGGUAUUCAACUCUAAAGCUCAUGUUCAAAACGACGUUUGCACCACUCAAAAUUGCUAUCAAGCAACCUCUGAUAUAUUGGCGUAUAUCAACGAAUCUGUUGAUCCUUGUCAUGAUUUCUAUUCGUAUGCCUGCGGUAGAUGGCUAGCAAAUAAUCCUAUCCCUGUCGAUCGCCCACGGCAUGGAACUUUAUAUAAGAUUAUUGACAAGAAGGAAAUGAUUUUGCGACGACUUCUCGAGCGUACAACAGCUGCAGCAGCCAAUGAUGGAGAACGAAAAGCAAUCAUGUAUUUUAAGUCUUGCAUGCAAGACAUUUUUACACAAACAGAGAGCAGAAAAGAUCUUAUUGCAAUGAUACGACGAUUGGGCGGUUGGAAUGUUAUUCCAACAUUAAAACCAGCCGAUAUGACAAAUUGGGAUUAUAAUUCUGUUAUGGCACAACUUUCUGCAAAAUAUGACGUCGAUACUUUAUUUUCUAUUUGGGUUGGCGUGGACUUAAGAAAUUCGAAUGUUACUAUAAUUGAGCAAUUUUUAGCUAAAAUCUCAGCCAAAUAUGAUGUCAAUCCUCUUUUCAAUGUCUGGGUUGGUUCAGACUUAAGAGAUUCUAAGAAAACUGUUAUUACGACGACACAAGGUGGCCUUACUCUUCCAGGAGUCCGAUAUUAUACAGUCAAUGAGACACAUUUUGCCGUCGUUGCAUUUAUUGAGUAUAUGACUGAUAUUGCUAUGAUAAUGGGAGCAACAAAUAGAACUGCAACCAGAGCUAAAAUGGUGGAUGUUUAUCGCUUUGAGAAAAAAAUCGCCAGAGCUUUCGUUCAUAAUUUGAAUAAGAGAAAUGAAAGAGCGGAUUAUUUUAAAUCAAGCAUUUCCGGAAUGAAAGCUGCUUGCCCUGCAAUUGAUUUUAGCUUGUACAUGAAUACACUCUUUAAUAAAACAUUUCAAAAUAGUGAACCAAUCGUCAAUUACGCCAUGCCUUAUUUUGGUAGAAUGAGCGCAAUUGUGGCCAAUACCUCGAGCGAAACAAUGAACAAUUAUUUGAUUUGGCAAUUUGUGCAUACUUUCGCAUCUGCUGGUGAUUCCAUGUUGCAAGCAGCAUACCAAAGGUAUCGCAAUGCUCUUUAUACGGCAAGUGCACCAGCUCCUUUAUGGAGAACAUGCGCUUAUAGAGCGAAUUCUGCUCUUGGUAUGGCUGUUGGAGCUAUGUUUGUACGUCAAGCAUUUGCCGGGGAAAGUCGUAUAACGGCUAAGAAGAUGAUUGAAGAUCUUCGCUCUGAAUUUAUUAAAAGUCUGCCUACGAUAGCUUGGAUGAAUGAUGCGACGCGCAAAGUUGCUGCCGAUAAAGCGAAGGCAAUUUUAGAGUUGAUCGGUUAUCCAGAUUUCAUCCUUGAUAAAGCUCAGUUGGCUCAAUUCUAUUCUAACUUUCCUGUGAAUGAGAGCUAUUACUUUAUUAAUGUUAUCAACAGGAGGAAAUACUCAUUAGCUACUAACUUAGCUCAGUUAGGAAAGCCAUUUGAUAGAUCGCUAUGGUCAACUACGCCUGCUAUUGUCAAUGCAUUUUAUAGCUCAACGAAAAACCAAAUUGUGUUUCCCGCCGGUAUUUUGCAGUCCCCAUUCUAUAAUAAAAAUUAUCCUAAAGCAUUAAACUACGGUGCAAUCGGAUCUGUCAUUGGGCAUGAAAUUACUCAUGGAUUCGAUAAUAAUGGCCGUCGUUUUAAUAAAGACGGUGAACUAGUUCAAUGGUGGGAUAAUGGUACCAUCGCUAACUUCAAUUCAAGAGCUAAAUGUUUUAUUGAUCAGUAUGCUAAAUUUCGGUACUUUGGCUUGCCGGUCAAUGGCAAUCAAACUUUGGGAGAAAAUAUUGCCGAUAACGGUGGAAUGGGUCAAGCUUUUCGUGCAUAUCAAACUUAUGUUGCAAAUAAUGGCCCGGAACCACGUCUACCUGGUGUUCCAUUGACCAAUGAGCAAUUGUUUUUCGUUUCAUUCGCUCGUAAUUGGUGUGGAAAAGAUACCUUUCGCUAUGGACUUAGUCUUCUUUUGACAGAUUCUCAUUCUCCCAAAAUAUUCAGAGUAAUAGGAACAUUACGUAAUUCCGCAGAUUUCUCCAAAGCGUUCAAUUGUCCAGUAGGAUCUCCUAUGAACCCUGCUCAAAAGUGCAGUGUUUGGUAAUUUAAAUUUUACAUUAAUUCACCCAUGCAACUAUUGCAUCGGCUUUUAAUCCAUCGCUUUGCUCUGUUUGCGUUAUAAUGUUAGUAAAUAUAAACUAAAUGUAAUUUUGAGAAUUAAGAAAU